UAAUAUUAGUGCAGAACACUGUACCUUUAAUUUAAAUGCCCUUGGAGUCUGCUGGGGAAGAGAAAUAAUACUGUCAGUCAGUAUGACAUGCAGAUGAGUGCCGUCGAUCUUAGAAUCACUGCACACUUCACUCCUUUGGCCAGUCACGGGGCCAAAACCAGUGUUUGGAGCCACAGUGUGGCGGUGGAGCCAGCAGCAAUGGGAGGCCAUACAGCAACCUAUGACAAAAUGGAAACCAGCAGGAGCGUGAGGAGACCUGAAAAUGGCACAUGGCAGAGUGGGAGCAAUGGGAGGCGGUACAGGGACCCAGGUCACACUGUGGGCCCAGCAGCAGCGUGACCAGGCGGUACGGGGGCCCAUGGCCGAUAUGGGGCUUGCAGCAGCGUGACCAGGAGGUACGGGGGCCCAUGGCCGAUAUGGGGCCUGGCGGCACCUAUGGGAGGCCG